GGAAAUAUUUCAGGCGCAUUGGCCGGGGUGGAGGGCAUAGACGGAAUACCAGGGGUUGUUACCGGCGCUGAAGUCUCCGGAGCAUCGGCCGAUGGUGACUGGGUCGCUGGAGCAGUGUCAGGCGUUACAAUAGAAGCAGUGGGACUCGUCACCGGAGCAGCGAUGGGAGACUUCACUGGGUUCGUAGUUGGAGAAGAGACUGGACUCGUGGCGGCAGAGGGAGAAGAAACAGGGGAAGUCGCCGGAGCAAAGACAGGAGGUUGCAAAGGAGACGCAGUGGUUCGAGAUAAAACAGGGGGAGUUGCUGAAGGAGACGCAAUGGUUGGUGAGGAAACAGGAGACUUCGCAGGAGUUGCAAUGGUCCGGGAGGAUCUAGGGGAUGUAACCGGAGCAAAAACAGGGGAUUUAACAGGAGUUGCAAUGGACCGAGAGGUUCCACGGGAAGUCGCCGGAGAAAAAACAGGGGAUCUCGGUGGAGCUGCAAUAGUCGGAGACAAAACAGGAGACUUUCUAGGAGAAGAGCGAGGGGCUUUCGCAUGAGUCGCGGCUGUCGGAGAGGAAACAUGGGAACUCGUCGGCGUCAAAACAAUAGAUUUCACCGGAGACGUCGCAGGUGUCAUCGGAAAAUGUGCGGCCGGAGGAAGUAAAGUGGGUGUUCGAGAUAAACUCGGGGACUUCGCUGGAGAAUAACUGCGACGUGGUUUCGCAGGGGAGUGCAGCGGAGGACUCGCCGGAGGAGGUUGUUUCUCAGCGAGUCUGGGCGAUUGAACGGGUGCAUUGUCGGCUAGUACGUUACCAGAAAUAGAAAGUGAGAAAACAAUUAAAGAAAGUACGACAAAACGAUUCAUCGUUUUCUUUUGUCGUCUCGUCUCUGAGAAAAAAA